AUUAUCUUAAUCUUCACUAUCAUUACUUUUUGCCCAGCGAAGUGGGUCCUUGCAGCUAGUGUAUACAUAAUAUUCAUAAAAGCUCCAAGUAUAAGAAACCUGAUUGUAAGUGUGCUGUCUUCACUGUGGUCUGUAGGAAAGGAAAUACAUCAGUGAUAUAAGUUAUGUUAUUGAACACAAAAUGUGUGCUAUCUCUAUCAAAACAAUGUUUAUUCAGCACAAUAGAUUGUAGACUAUGUAUAGUUUACUGAAUUAUUACACUACAUAAAAGUUCUUAAGAUGAUGUUGGCAGAACUACUUUAUCUGUUUGGAUUGAGGUCAUAGAUGUCUUCUGCCUCUGUAAGAUGGUGCUCUGACAAAGUUUGUUUUUGGGUCUUUUCAAACAUGUCUAUUAUGUGAUGUUUUUGUAGUUUUAUACUUUCUUUAUAUGGAAGAUAUUUAGCAUAAUGUAAUUAAAAUAUUAUUUUUACAUUUUCAGAUUAAAUCAAUUUCUAAAAUUGAAUCAUUAUGUUUGGGCAGUUGUCUAGAAGAAUGUUUACAACGCUUGGAUGUUUUAAAACAUCUAAUGUUAAAAGAUAAUAUCGCAAGAAAUAAAUCUAAAAUUUCAACUGGAAAGCCUCUCGAUGAAGUACAAAGUAUAGACAAAAAUAUGAAACCUGCUUUAUGUCAUCAGAAGACAGAAGGGCAUAUAAUGUUUUUGGAUAAUAAUGAUAAACUACAAGAAGACAGAGAUUAUAUUGAAAAAACAAUAUCAAGAAUACAAACAGAACUUAUAAAGGAAAGAACUUAUAACAGUCUUCUAGAAGCAAUUUCAUAUGAAAAAGAACAAAAUAUCAUAUUGGAUGACACCAAGAAAAAAGAAUUAGAAAUGAAUGAAACUAUAGAAGGAUUAAAAGAAGAGAUAACAAAAACAGUACAAAAUACAAUAAAUAAUUUACAAGAAAAGGAGAUUGAAAUAGCAGAUAAGAAGCAUUCUCUUCAAAAAUCAAAAAAGAGAAUUCAAAUUGAAGUUGAAUACAUGUCAAAUAAAUCAAAAAAUGCUAUUGCACAGUGUAAAGAAAGAACUUCAAUGAAAUUGGAUGUGAAGAGAAAACAACUAGAGAGAGAUAUAAUUAUCCAAUAA